GCAUGUACCGAGUGUAAGCGUCGCAAGGUCAAAUGUGACGGCACGGAACCCUGCUUCUAUUGCAGAUGGUAUAAGCAUCCCGAACGUUGUGCAUACCCACAACCCGCGCCAAGACCCUCAUUAACGCGCAAGUCCCUAGACACGCUUCGGUCAAGACUAGCAAACAGUACCGAUGUCCUCAAACGUCUGUUUCCGACCUCCACAUUGGAUGACCUGGUUCCUCUAUCUCGGGAAGCACUUUUGGCCCUCUUGGAUAAUGACCAAUCUGGAAAUCACUCUCCCACAGCAACACCAACAGCAGCAGUAGCAGCACCAGCAAGUAGCACUGACAUUAACAUAUCUCAGUCACCAGAAGGUUCACGUGGAUCUCGUGAUUUUGAGUAUAACGAAUCUAUUGAGAAUUUGGAAGAAACAGAAGCAGUCGCAGACGAUGUUAAUGCUCUGUUCCUUAAACCAGACCGCACAUCAUCGUAUGUCGGGGCCUCCUCUGCCACAGCAGGGCUUCGGACCUUGUUAAAGAUUGCCCCGGACCUGAGAUUCAUCAAGCCGAAGCUACCUCACCGAGCCAACUCCCAAGAGUCCAAUAAUAAUCUCCGUGCCGAUCCGUCUCAGGUCAUUGAACGCAGCGGUGAGUCAAGGGCCCCACGCGAUCUUCGAAGUCUAGUAGAUGCCUACUUCUGGCAUGUUCAUUCUUCAACCCCAAUCCUCGAUGAAUUUCAAUUUAGAACUACCUUUGAGUCCAGAGAACGGAAAGAUCCAACAUGGUUUGCCCUGCUGCACAUGGUGUGCGCCUUGGGUACGAUUGCUCACACUACUUCUGACUCUAAUGAGGAUAUCUAUCACUACAAGAUUGCCAAAUCGUAUCUGAGCCUUGACAGUUUUGGCAGUGGACACAUAGAUACCUUGCAGGCUCUCAUCUUGAUGGCUGGAUGGUAUUUACAUUAUCGUAAUCGUCCAAACAUGGCAUCGGCCCUCAUGGGGGCCGUCUUCAGAAUGGCUCAUGCACUGGGCCUUCACAAGGAGCUUCCCGGGAACGAGACUGCUCGGGAUAAACAUCAAAGAGAGCUACGACGUAGAAUUUGGUGGAGUUUGGUAGUUCUUGAUACAGGCGAAGGCACAACACUAGGUCGGGUCUCAAAGACAGAACUCUUCAACUCGGAGGUAAAAUUACCGAGAAACAUUAAUGAUCAUGUACGUGGCCUUCCUCGAAUUGCAUGUAGUUUCUCCCGCCAAGCCAGCAAGAUCCAAGAGCGGCUCAUCUCCUCUCCGUGCCUGGAGUUUAACGAAACCCUAGCACUUGAUGCUCAUCUGGUGUAUUGGUUUGAAAGCAUACCUUUCCUGAAUAACCCCGAGCUGCUUCCGGAGUGCCUGCAGCAACCAAGAUUGUCUACGAAAUGGAAGUACCAGAAUUUGCGCAUUAUUCUCCACCGCCCUACUUUGAUGGAAGCAACUCUGCGUCACAUACCAUUUCAGGAGCUUCAGGGUGAGCAAAAGGUUUGUGUCAGGAAGUGUCAAUCGCUUGCCGGUAAAGCCAUUGAAAAUAUCGCUUCGGAAUGGACGCAGAAUCAAUAUUCAGGUUGGCCAGCGGUCUGGUUUCUGUUUCAAGCCUGCACGAUCCCACUCCUGAGUCUUUAUGGGUUCAAUGAUGAUCUGGAAAACACUGAAGGCUGGAAGAAGCAAGUCGAGAGAGCGAUUAAACUUUUUGAGGAAAUGAAACCAUGGAGCAUUGCUGCACAUCAAACUCAUGUGUUUGUAUCUCUGCUGUAUGAG